UAUGGUAAAGUAAAGUGUAAGAGCUGGUGCUUCAUCUUAUUUGUCUUCUUUUUUAACAAUCUGAACACACAGAGAGAGAGAGAGAGAGAGAGAUUCAUUUCAUUUCUUCCAAUUUUUCAUGAAGAUGAAGAUCAUGUCACCAUUGACCCUUCUCUUCACAAACAAUCUCAUACUCCAAUCAACUCUCGUUCUCUUUCUCACUCUCUCUCUCUCUUUCCUCAAGAUCCCCAUUGUCUUCCUCCAAGGCCUCCACACCUACAUCCACCCCGACGAUGUCAACCCCUCCGCCGCCACCAAUGGCGGCGUCAGGGCCGCGAUCCGAAGACCCGGCACCUCCGACCACCAAGAACUCAAACCCAGAAAACGAUCCAAAGAAAAAUUCGAAUUCGACGAAAACAAAGCUCAGAUCUUCAGACUCAAGCUCACAGAUGGUCAUCUUCAGACCCGUCUCUAUUUCAAUCAGUUUCGCAGCGCUUUCAAUUCGACUGUCAUUGCUUUGUCUUGCUUUGUGCUUCACAACUCUUUGUCUGUACUCGAAGGUUCUGGAAUUAUCGUCGAUGGUGGUACUAUCGUUCCGAUUCUGUUAGGGUUAGCUAGUGUUUGUAGGGUUUUCAUUUCAAUUGCGAGGGUUUCGUUCGAAAAAUCGGCGUCCAAGAGGUCUGAGAAGCAAUUGAGUGUUGUAUUGGGGUUUUUAGGGUUUCUAUUAGGGUUUGCGAUCGUGAUUGAGGUUGUUCCCAAUUGGGUUCUUGAUUUUGGGUUUGGAUCGUUUGAUGGGUUUGGGAAGUUUUUGAUUGCUACUUUCAUGGGAUGCAUUGCGGGUUUAUUGUACAUGCCGGCUGGGAGGUGUGCCCGGGCAUUUUGGCUUGGGACCGAUCAGAUUCGAUGCAAUUUGUCGAUAAUUAAUUGUGGUUGGAUUGCAAGAACACUUCUUUAUGCUAACUUUUUGUUGAUUAUAUUCACUUCAUUGCUUUGGAUUAACCCAUUUGCUAAUCUCCUUGUUAACAAUCAUGUUGAUGAUAAGAAAGGAGGAGCACAUUUGAUUGGUAAUGCUGAUGAAUUGGUUGGUAAUUUUGGGAUGUCGCAAUCAGAUUUUGGGAAAUUUAGGUUUUGGUGUUUGUUAGUCUCAGGUCUUUUGCAGAUUGCAACUUUGCGCCCAAAUUUGCAAAUGUAUUUAAAUGAGGCAGUGUUGUCUUGGUACCAGAGGUUACAUGGUGGCAAGGUUCCGGAUUUGGAUUUCAGUAGGGCAAAGGUUUUUCUUCACAACCACUACUUGUGUCUUGUAGUUCUUCAAUUUUUUGCACCACCGGCACUGGUACUUCUCUUUCUUGGGUUCUCUCAAAUUGAUGACAAUUUGUUGAAGAAUUUCCAACCGGUAUGUAGUUCAUUCCCCUGCUCUGCUUUGGUUAAGCAAGUAACUUUAUUUAUGGCUUGGUGGAUUAAUUUUGUUUGGGCUAUAUUUAUUUCGGCAAGCCUUGUUCUGUAUCGGCGUGGCAUCUUGUAUGUUUCAUAAUGAGGUUUUGAUUUCCAGCCCUUGAACCUGUUAUGCGUCUAGUUUUGAGCGAAGAGUGUUGUGAUUGUAACAUACUUUUUCCACAUUCAAUUGAUGAGUUGCAAUUUUGGGGCAACAUUAACACAUUUUUGGAGGCUUUAUCUUAAUUUUGUCAAUUUUGUCUUUUUUUCUUUUUAGAUGAACUUCAUGCUUGUAAUUUAUUGAAGCAAGAGUGUUUACAAGGAUACAUGUCCAUGGGAAAAUGAAUUGAUGAAACUAUAAUUCACGAAUCA